AGUAGGACUGAAUAUAACUGUAAUGGGUUUAUAAAUAGAUUCUAUGUACCUUGAAUUAUAUGAAGAAGAUACUUAGGUAUUAAUUGUAUAUGGUGACGAGUUUAGGUAAUUAAUAAUAAAAAUAGUUUGACAACACACAAUUAAGAUUAGACUUUAUGGUUAAUAGUACUUCAUUGGGAUUUGGAAUGAUUAUAUGCCAAUUUUGUGCUUGAUUGCUCCAAACCUUGAGAAAUCUUCACCAUUUAAAGAGGC